AUGCCAUCUGAGCUAAAUGAAAGUCUUACAAACGUUCGCCAGCUGGACCUACAAGCUCAAAAUUCAUUAUCAGAAACCAUACAGACGUUUUUUGAGAACUUGAGAAGGCGACUGGUUGGUCCAGCUUUCAGAGCAGCACUCAAAUCUGCUUGCAUGAGACCUAUGAAUUUUGUAGGAGUUCCGUCACUGGAAAAUACUAACUUCGCACUUAACGGUGAUCAAACAUCUUUUAAUAACUCCAGUUUGAACCCCAAUUCUGGAUGCCACGCGCAAGAUAUGGGAUCCCAUAGAAAGAACCCAGCUCAUACAGAUGGCCUAAGUCCUCUUAAAUCCAUUGAUGAAAACUCAAUAUGCUUGGAUCAUCAAUCCAGUGACAGCUCCAACGAUAGGACCUUUGAUACGAUUAAUGCACAAACUGAAGGAGCUUCAAAGUUUGAAGAGGAUACUGUAAGCGUUCACAAUGCAGCUGCUGGAUUUUCUUCAGCUAUUUUAAAAAGCAACUCGAGCUUGCUACAAGAUAUGUCACUAGAUGCUAAAACUCACAGUGGAAUGUACGAUCGUAUUACUAAAAGUGCCAACUCUUCCAGUGGUCAUUUAUUUUACGAUACAACAGAAUCUAACCUUACAGAUCGUGACAAGCUCAGCUUAACACCCAGGACAGGUUCAAUUGAGAACCAAAUUACAGACGAUAUCACUUCACCUGCAUGGCCUGGUUUAACGCAGAGUUUCUCAACUGUUCGGGAAAAACGCCGAUAUCCGCGAAGAUUUGAUAGAAUAGGUCUAGCAUGUGACCUCGCGGUUGAUGAAUUUGGAAAGCUUGAUGAUUCACCUAAUUCUAGUGUCAAUGCAACGCUGGAACAUGGGUUUAAUGACCAGGUAUAUGAAUUUAGUGGGAAUCCGAAACCAGAGAAUCCCACCGACCCACCAGAUGAUGAUGAAGAUUACAAGCGCUACUGCAUAUGCCGAGAUGUGAGUUAUGGUGACAUGAUAGCAUGUGACGCCCCAGACUGCCCCUUCGAAUGGUUCCAUUAUGCUUGUGUGAACCUAACUGUUGCACCGAAAGGUCGAUGGUUUUGUCCUACCUGUGCUAAAUCUUUAAAUAAUAAAAGAAACAUCAAAAAAAGUUCGUCGAGGAAGUAA